CCGGUGGGUGGGUGCAUCUCAAAAAGUCCCUGAUUCCGUCUGCCCGGAGUGCUGGUAGCUGUGGCGCCGGGUGGCGAGAGGCGUGCCUCGGAGACCCCUGCGACUCUCCGAGGUUCGGGGGUGUGGUUGCUCAGGCACGAAAGCUCUUCGGAAGUCGCUGUCAGCAGGCGCAGCCCCUCGCCAUAAUUUUCACCGAAGGUUAGCUAGGACCGACAGCCGCCCUUCGGCCCCGCAGAAGAGUCAGGGAUUCCUGGAGCGGGUCUCCGGACACCUGAGCCAAAAGGGAGCAGUCCAGAAGGGCGGGAAAAGAAAGUCAUGAGAGAUACUGUCUGAUGGAUGGAGCCUGCUGACUGAGUGCUUUAUGCUGACUUCACUGGAGGGUGACUGAACAUCUGAUGAGAAGACCGAGUCCGACAAAUGCUAAGUGAUUUGCCCCAGGUGCCUUACUUCAUAAGGAUCGGAGCCAACGCCCCCACUCUGUCAGCCUACCAGUAAUUCCCAAGCUGGUGUGUGGAGUGUGCUCCAGUCAGCAGAGCCGGCAGGGACGCGUGCCUUCUGCUGCUUCUGGGGCUCCUCAUCAGAAUGGCCAUCGGGUGGUUCUACUUGUCCUCAUAUGCCCUGUCGCUCCUGGGUGUGAUGUGCAUCAUUCUCACUGUUUACUGGAUGCAGCUGUGGCACGGUGGCUUUGCCUGGGACGGCUCCAUCCUCAUGUUCAACUAUCACCCCGUGUUCAUGGUCGCUGGCUCUGUGGUGAUCUACAGUGCUGCGUCGCUGGUGUACCGCCUGCCGCGGUCGUGGCUGGGGCCGAAGCUGCCGUGGAAGAUCGGCCACGCGGUCCUGCACCUGCUGGCCUUCGUCCUGACCGUGCUGGGGCUGGUCGUCGUCUUUCAGUUUCACAGCCAUAGAAGAACCACCAACCUCUACUCCCUGCACAGCUGGCUAGGCAUCGUCACCGUCUUCCUUUUCGCCUGCCAGUGGUUCCUGGGCUUUGUCGUCUUCCUGCUGCCCUGGGUGCCUGUGUGGCUGCGCGGCCUCCUUAAACCCAUCCACGUCUUCUUUGGGGCCAUCAUCCUCUCUCUCUCUGUCGCAUCAGUCAUUUCUGGCAUUAAUGAGAAGCUUUUCUUCAGUUUGAACAAUGACACGCAGCCAUACUCCAGUCUGCCCAGUGAAGCUAUCUUUGCCAAUAGCACUGGGAUGCUGGUGGUGGUCUUUGGGCUCCUGGUGCUCUAUAUCCUGCUGGUUUCUUCUUGGAAACGCCCAGAGCCAGGGAUCCUGAGUGAAGGACAGCCCCUGUUGCGUGACGGAGAGUGAAGCGGGAAGGGCACCCACGAGCGGGCGGAGGUGUUUCCCAUCAGCAGGCAGAGGUGUUCCCCUCAGAUGCUCUUCUCUGCCAGGGGCUCCUCUCUGGUUUCGGCAAUAGACUUGCUUUUGGGCCCAGACCUCUCCUUGCCUCCGUAUGGGGCCUGCUCACCCCACCAAGCUGCUGCCCUCCUGCUCUGCUUGGUGGCUUCUGUACCCCUUCCUGGCAUCGCCUUCUCGGGCUCUCCGCACACGCUGCCCCAGCCGCUCACGCUGCCCCUGCUCUCUGUGAAGUCAAGGUGAUUUCCCCUUCAGGCCCGUAAGGAUCCGGUAGGAAUCUCUGCAGCUUACGUGAGCCAGGACGCGGGCGCAACCCGUAUGUGACAAGUGAGGGAGGUAACGGUGUCCGGCAGCUUUCCCCUGAAGGUGUGCAUUUUAUUUGGGCCACCCCAACCAUCGGGCAGGUGGCAUCUGCCGCUCCCUCCAUCUGGCCCACCCAGACAUGAGGUUGGAAUGGAGAAGAUGGAAGGUGACGGAAGGAGAACUUCCACGGAGAAGCCGAGGAGCUGACUGCUCUUUGCUGUUCUGUUUCAUGUCGCUGCGCUCCAUGUCGCCUGCACUGUGACCGUGUGGCUCCGCCUCUCGCUGCUGCUACAGCCGUGGCCUAGACCCUGGCCUUUCCCUGGGACUUACAUGCCCGUCAGUGUCGUGCAGCCCCAGGAACCCUGAUGGCCUGCUCUCCCAAGGACCGCAUGUCGCUGGCUGUCCCAGUAGGGAGGAGCCCCAGGAGCGCCUCCUCCCCAGAUCGGGGCCUCUCUGCCUGGCCCCGGGCAGGCUCAGCCUCGCUCACUUGGCACAGCCCUGCCCAGCUGAUUUUCACUCUGCCCAGCUCCUCAUGCUACAAGCCAAGGUUGUGGUGCAUUGUGCCCCGCAGAGCCCUGGGGCCAUGGCCACUUUCCAAGGCGCUCCCAGCUGAGUACCAGAGUGGCUUUUUGUCCCCUCAGUGUCUCCUUGCUUGGCCAAACCCAGUCUCAUGUUAUGCCAGAGGGCGAGCAGCUGGGGGGCAUUGGGGGAUGGGACCGGGGAAUCUUGAUGGCGCUGUGGCUUUUCCCACCCUCUUCAGAUGAGCCCUGCCGGGACCCAGCACCUGCCGCCCUGUUCAGUGACCAGCAGCACUUACCCCAGGCAGGUGGCAAGGAGGCGGACCACCCACCCCAACCCCCCGUGGCCCGCUGUCGGCAGGACUGUGACUAGACUUCCUGAGGGGAUGGGACCUUUGAAGCCCCCAGGAUGACUGCCAGGCACCUCGGUCAUGUGCCCAGCGCCCCCUCUUUCUGCGUGGGUGGGUCUGUGACUUGUUCAUGCAGCUCGGUUUCCAUUUAUCGUGUUUUAAAGAAUCAAAGCCUUCUCUACUGUAAUCACAUUGUGGUAAAAUGAGCUCUGGGAAACUUGUAAAAGCCUCAGGACAGUUCUGACCGUGAGACUGGGGAGGAGCACAUCAAAAGGCGCCAAAGAUCUCAGGACUGCCCUCCUGGAAUGGCAUGUGACUCGUGAUAUGUCCCGAUGGCCUUAAUGAUGAAAAGCUUCUGCGUACUCGGUUAUCUCACAAGGAAGGAAAUGUUUCCUGUUUUAUAACUGGAACUCAGGAAGGGUAAGUGGCUUGGUCACUGGUCUGAGGUCCCUCAGCCAGGAAAUGGUAGAGUUGGGAUCCACAGGCCAGGUGUUUAUGCCAGUCUCCUUCCCAGCUGCUGGGUAUGUGCACCUGUGCACACUGAUAAUCAUACCUAGUGGUGAGGGACGUGAGGUAACAGACCCAUGGUGGACGGGGAACCCUGGACAGAGAAGCCCAGGGACUGAGGCAGCCUGCAGCCAACUUUGGGCAAAGUAAGUGAUGGAGGGGCCUCCUUCCCUCUGUGACCAGCUGCCGAUCCCUCCUGGUGGUGGAGCAGAUGACCCGGAAGGAUGUGGUACAGACACUAGUGAUGGCAGUAACUCAGUGAGUGAGAACCUGGGCUGUGCUGGGGGCUUUACCUUCAGUUCAUAUCACUCCCUGUCCACGUCUCUGUCAGAUAGGUACUGUUCUGACUGUACAGAUUCCAAGAGGCUAAAUAGUGGGCCUGAGUUUAUGUAGCUCGCUGGAAGCCAGAUCGGGAUUUAGUUGUGGUUGAGUCCACGCUCGUGCCUUUAACUGCUCCCCGGCACCGAGCAUGGGCCAGGCGUGCGCCGUACCAUCUCCACCAUGCGCCAGCCUCAGCAGCCCCUCCUGCCUGCCCCAGUGCUAUCGGGGAUUGCCCUAGGGACCUGGGUGCAGCUUCUGUCCUACCGCUAAGCUUUAGCAUAUGGCGACUUCAAAAAAGUUACACACACACACACACACACACACACACACACAAUAUAGUGGUUUCUUAUGGUGUCCCGUUUGCCCAUUGGAUUCCCAGAGAAUACAUUAGUGCUGAGAAAAGUA